GGGCGGUCACGUGGGCGGGCUCGGGGCGACGCCGCGAUCGGCCGCCGCCGCCGCCGCAGGACCCCGCGGACCCCCCCCAGCCGGGCCGUGGACCCCUCGCCGGCCUCUGUGUCCGCUGCCUUCCCGCCCGCCGCCACCAGCUGCCACCGCAUCCGGGUCCCGAGCGAACGUCCGUCUAGAAGAACCACCGGAGGCCUUGGGACUUGGCCACCGUUAGCAUCUUGGCGCUGGGUCCGCGGGGAGCAUGACUAUAUUGGGACAGGGGCCCUGAAGACAGCAAGAUCUAAGCGAGCACUAAACUCAGAGCAGCCCGAAGAGCUAGCAGCCCACAGCCAUGGCCGGCAGAGAAGGACUUAGGGGACACCCGGAGGACUCCGAGGAUUUGGAGAAAGAGUCAGCGACCCGCCCAAUGGCCCAGGAGGCCCCAGCCCCCGCCAGCACCGGGGAAGCAGCUCAGCUGGGGGACCCCAACUCUGAUCCCCACCUGGGCCACGUGGAAGUGGAGGAAAUAGGCCCCGCGAGUGUAGAUCCAGAGAUCGGGUCAGAAGGUCCGACCGGAACCAACGAUGCAGAAUCCCCAAAGGAUGGCGAACCUCGAAGCACCUUAGAAAAUCUGGGCCCGGAGCUGUCCAGGCAGGGGGAGGCUCCCCGUCCUCUCCAUGACGAGGCAGGCCGGGUCGAGGGGCUGGAAGACCCCCAGGCCUGUCUCCGUGAAGAGGUCGGCUGGGCUGAGGGCCCCUCAGAGAGCAGCUGUGAAACAUCCCCGAAGCAAGCAGGGGACCCCCCCGCAGAAGUGCCCGCCGCCCAGGAGUCCUGGGAGACAGUGAGGCAACGGCGGCUGCCACCGGUAUCAGACUCCGAGAGUGUAGACCCAGAGAACCGGUCAGAAGGUCCGGCCGGAAUCAACGAUGCAGAAUCCCCAAAGGAUCGCGAACCUCGAAGCACCUCAAAAAAUCUGGGCCCGGAGCUGUCCAAGCCUGGGGAGGCUCCCCGUCCUCUCCAUGACGAGGCAGGCCGGGCCGAGAGGCUGGAAGACCCCCAGGCCUUUCCCUCUGAAGAGGUCGGCAGGGCCGAGACAGCCCCCAAGCAAGUAGGGGACUCCCCCACAGAAGUGCCCGCUGCCCAGGAGUCCUGGGAGACAGUGAGGCAUCGGCGGCUGCCACCGAUAUCAGAAGCUGAAGGUCAGCGCCAAGAGCCACAGCGACUGGAAGAAAAGAGAGAAUCCGGCCAGGACACUGUGAGGAAGAGCAGUCCCAAGGGUAUUUUGAGCUGGGGCGUCGUCUUUCUCUCCAUGGUGGCUCUGGUCGUCUUCUUUCCUCUCAGUAGCUUCUAUUCGUCUUCGGCCCAGCAGGCCGAGAGGAAACCAGCCCUGGACGCCUUCCUGAUGCAGUUCAGCCGCUUGCCGGAGAAGUACCCGGGCCAGAGCCCCUACCUGUGGCAGAGAGGCCGCAAGUUCCUCCAGAAACACCUCAACGCCUCCAGGCCCACGGAGCCCGCCACCAUCCUGCUGGCCGCCGCCCGCGACGGCCGUGAGACCCUCCGCUGUCUGGGCCACCAAGUGGCCGACGCCUACACGGCCGCCCAGAAGGUAGCAUCCAUCCGCCUGGACGGCGCAGCCCGCGGGGCGCAGGACAGCGACACAGUGAAGCUGUGGGUGGACCUGGAGCUCAGCCGGGGCUUCGAGGGCGGCCAGAAGGCGGCCGUGGUCCACCGGUUCGAGUCCCUGCCCGCCGGCGCCACCCUCAUCUUCUACAAGUACUGCGACCACGAGCACGCGGCCUUCAAGGACGUGGCGCUGGUGCUCACCGUCCUGCUGGACGAGGAGAGCUUGGUGGCCAGCCUGGGCCCCCGGGAGACGGAGGAGAAGGUGCGGGACCUGCUCUGGGCCCGUUUCACCGACGCCGGCGCCCCCAGCUCCCACGACCGCAUGGACGCGGACAAGCUGAGCGGCCUCUGGAGUCGCAUCUCCCACCUGGUGCUGCCCGUCCAGCCCGUGGCGGGCAUUGAGGAGCACGGCUGCCCCGUGACCCUCAGCUAGGCCCCCGUGGGGGGGGCACCCAGGAGCCUAAGACUCGGGGGACAGCGGGAGAAAGCACGGGAAGGAUGCCCCUGAACCGAGUUCAAAGCUGAUCGUUUUCCUCGCCGGUGUUCAGGGAGCACCUCCACCCUUCCUUGCAGUUUCCCCGAGCGCCUCUACCCUUCCUUGCAGUUUCCCCGAGCACCUCCACCCUUCCUUGCAGUUUCCCCGAACUCACGUCAGCAAAAGCCGGCGUAGCCCCGGGAGGCUGUAAUCGCACAGAGCGCACCCUCCUUGCCUUAGGGGCUGAGGGGGACAGUGGGCAGAGCUGUCACAGGCCUGUCAUCAACGCCAAGGCUGAUUUUGAGGGAGGAAAGGCUCUCGCGCAUGCUAGGUGGUUUUUCAGAAGGCACCUGGAUAACCUGCAGGCUGGAAGGAAUCGGGUGUUGAUUUGCACUUUUGAAUGAUGAGGAAAUAGGAAACGCAGUGUUUCACUGCAAUCUCCCUAGGGACUGUGAUUGUAUUCCGUUAAUGAGCUAAGUUGGAAAAGCUGCUUAUCUGCAAGGAAUCUUCUUCUGUUCUUUGGGGGGUGCUGCGGUACGUGGUCUUCCAAAAACUUCACCCCCAAAACCGCCAUCAGGAAAUACAAAUUGGAGGACCAGGGUGAGAGCACAGUGGGGAGGGCGUUUGCCUGGCAUGCGGCCAACCCGGGUUCGAUCCCCAGGUCCCCAUAGGGUCCCCCGAGCCCCACCAGGAGUGAUUCCUGAGUGCCGAGCCAGGAGUCAGCCCUGAGCAUCACCGGGUGGGACCCCAAAAGCAAAAAAGAUAAAAUAAUGUAGGAUUAUUGUAUAGAUGCACUAAUUUUGUUCUGCUUGGGGGCCGCUCCUGGCAGUGUUCUGGGGCUGCUCCUUUCUCUGUGCUCAGGAAUGACCCCUGGCAGUACCAGGGACCCCCAAUACCAGCGUGUUGACUCCUAGUACCAGAGGUGCCUUGAGACAUCCUUGAGCUGACCCCAGCUCCUGCCCGCUCCGAUCAACUCAGAUCAAAGUCGAAACAAAGAUUUCUAAUUUCUCUGUUUGAUUCAAUGUGGUUUUCCAUUUCAGUAUGAUUCAGAAAAAUUUCAAAGCGCCAAUUUUUUAAAAAAAUGUUUUCGCUUCUGUAAACCUCCAGGGUUCAGUGUAAUUCCAAGCAACGAUGUUUCAGUAUUUCUGCUGCUACUUCCAAGUCAUUUAAAAAAUAAAAAUAAAAAAGCAGAAUAUUUACGUAGGAACAAGGUGAUUAUUUUUAGAGCCAAACUUUAUAUUGUAUUUAAAUUUUUUUUCAGAUCAUUAAAAUCUCGUCUGAAUGUA